AUGCACGUCAUCGCCAAGCUCCUGCCUUUGUUGGCGGCGGUCAUCGAGGUCCUUGCGCUGCAGGCCCGCUCGAUGGCCUUUGUCGAGAGGAACGGGACCGCCUUGCCGCCGCCAUCGACCUGGCACCCACGCUCCCUGAGCACGAACGGCCGCACGCACGCGACGGAGGACACGGCGAUCGACCUGACCCACUACACGGGAUCGGUGACCCCUGGCGCGGUCGUCAGCUACCUCGGCCCGAAACUAUGUCAACGGCGGAGAGUCGUGUUGUCGAAGCUGAUCUUCCCAUCCAGGAGUGCUUGUUGCUUUGUCGGUUUGUCCUGGUGCUAUCGCUUUAUGUAUUGGAGCUGGUGCCUGUGCUGGGCUGGUUGCGGUCUUCUGGGUCUUGCGGUUGGCCCGCUGCGUCGUGAUGUCGUGUCUCGAGAUCCUGUAGCCAGGCCAUCGCUUCGGAGCCCUGGGCGUUGA